GUCACCAUCCAGGGAGACAGUACUCUUCGUGCCGCAAAGUUGCGCUUCACAUCAGACACACCAUGCUUUCUGAGCAGCUCGAGCCUCUCACCCUCAGCACGAUUACAUGCUCUCAGGUCAACACGACCACACUGGCAGUCCCACUUGAAGUAAUCCGGUCGUCCGCCCUGCCUUCCGCCACAGAUAGCGUCGACCUUCGCAGGGCCGCUAUGGCUGAUCAGGAAUCCCUAUCUAGCGUCGACGAAGCCAUGUUCACCUUGCAGCGCAAGCUGGACGAACUCCGCGCUCAGCGCGACCGUCUCUCGAUCGAGCAGGAGCGCAAGCUCGCGCUGAUAGCGCCCGUCCGACGGCUACCGACAGAGGUGCUUAUGUUGAUAAUAGAGCUUGCGAUGGAGCUCUCGUUUGCGCACGAGCCCGAUAGCUCUCUCAUGGUCAUACACCCAGUGACACUCGUCUGUCAACGGUGGCGAACGCUUGCAUUUGCGGCACCCCGCCUGUGGGCCAAGAUUGUGCUCUAUCCGGCAUUCGAUAAGCUGUGUUUGCAUACUCUACGGACAUGCCUAGUCCUGUCCAAGGCACACCCUCUGGACAUCCAUAUCGACAGUAGCCGUCCAAAGUGGCGUAAACUCACCGGUGUGCCAGAUUACACUGACAGUGCCCCAGAGGACCUCUGGAAUUCGUUGCUAGCACAUGCCUCCCGUUGGAAGUCGCUGGCGCUAAAGGCAAUUAAUCCUCCCACUUCUAUCCUGCAGCAAACACCUUCAUUGCCGCUCCUCCAACAUCUACACCUGGAAGACUUUGACACGGACGAUGGGGACUUCGAUACGGAUGACGGUCGGCUCGCUUUUUUUCGCAACACACCAUCUCUAUCCCACGUUUCCUUGUGGAAUACGGACUCCACUCAACUUGACCUAUCCUGGGACCGACUCGUACGCUUGCAGCUAUACGUGGAAGAUGCAGGGGAACUCCAUCCUCACUUCCAGGUCUAUAGUCGAUGCAGCAACCUCCAGGAACUUCGGCUUGAAAUGGACGAUUACCCUGAUGAACAUGACUCCAACUUCGAUAUAAGUCUUCCCGCUUUGCAUACCAUCGAGCUCAUUGGUUUUUCUUCCUGCUUGCUGCUUAGCUUGGUAGCUCCGCAGUUACAACAGCUUAGGAUCAUGACCGACACGACUGACAGCGAGGUCAAGAAGCACCUGAUGGAGUUCGCGGACAAGAAUGAAGAUACCGUCGCCAGCGUCACUACUUUAUGGAUGCGGGAUUGGGGCUCGGAUCAGGUAAUGUGGACGGAGGUUCUGAAGGGAUACCUCGGGGUAUCGACACUACGCGUCGUAGAAGGUUACCAGCAAGACGACGCUGACCAAACAUCGGGAACCUUCUUCGAGCCCUCACGUCUCGCUCUACUUUGCUACCAAACCUCGCACAUCUUGACCUCUGGCUCUGGGAAGUGCGCACCGCGGCCGAUAUGGGUCUUGUUGGCGAUCUCCUUGCGAGCCGGCCGAAGGACACAUCGAAGUUCAAGGACAUAGAGGUCUUCAGAUUCGACCCACCGCCUGGAAAUAGCCCCAUCGUCGAGGGAGAAGUAUUUUCGACGUACCCCGCGCAUAUGCGACGCCCGGGCUGGGAGGAAGAUACGUACCUGAAGGAGGAAGGGAUGCUUCCCUUGGAGUAUAGGCAGAGGACUCAGACUAGGAGGCUGAUUCACCAGUGCGCAACUAUAGUGAAGCUGAAAUGACAUUUGGAAAUAUGAAGGGUAAAACGAUAGAUUCCUGUCCUUAGUAUUUAGGCUUCUUUGAGUUUACACAUCUGUUUCUACG